UUUCUCCUUCUCUCUAAAUUCAUGUACUGUUACCGACUUUUCUCCUUCUAUGUCCUUCCAUUAAAGUUUCCAUUUUUAUAGCUUUUUUCAUACAUAGUACUUGCCUAUCUUGUUUCAUACCAACUUCUAUCAACCCUUUUUGUUUCCAACGAAUUUCUUCAAAUUUAGUAAUGGAGCAUGCCGGGAAGCUGUUUGAUGAAAUGGGUCUUCAAUCUCUUCCCAAUGUACUUGAAAACUCAUGUUCUCUUGAACAAAACAAGCCUGAUUUUAAAGAACUCGAUCUGGGUUCAGCGUUAGCUGGGGCCACCACUUCAAUCUCCGGCAGCGGCGGUGGUGGUCUAAUGCGUACACCUGACAAAGACCCAAUUCGUAGAAGAUCCAAUAGAUCCCAUUCUGGAGAGUUAAAUGCUACUACCAGCCCUGCCAUUACCACGCCGGAAAAGCUUCGAUCUGGCACCGGUGAUAUGAAUCGGAAGAUAGGUCAUCGGAGAUCGGUUUCCACUGGAGCUCCGUUAAUAUAUUCCGGUAGUGGAACAACUUACUUUAACGGUAGUACCACCACUACUAGCACCAGCAGUACCACCACUACCACCAACAGCGGCGGCAGCGGCGGUGGUGGCGUUGGUGGCAAUGUAAGUUCAGUAAAUUCUCCCAAUACAAACUUAUACCCAAGUGGCAACAUCUGUCCAUCAGGGAAAAUCCUUAAAUCCAAUAUGAAUGCUCGUAGUUCCGCAACCCGAACCGAGAAAUUGGGGAUGGGUACUGGGAAUUACGGCCAUGGAAGCAUAAUUAAAGGUGGGGGAAGAUUCGUCGAAUCAAAUGGAGAAAUUGGUAUCGUUGUGAAGAAGGCAAUGAUGAGUCACGAUGUGGAAGAAGUGAAGAACGCCGGCAAUGAGUUGUAUAAAAGAGGGAAUUUCACCGAAGCCUUGUCGUUGUAUGAUCGUGCGAUUACAAUCUCACCGGAAAAUGCAGCUUGCCGGAGUAACAGAGCCGCCGCAUUGACUAUGUUGGGGCGGUUGGGCGAGGCCGUGAGGGAAUGUGAGGAGGCUGUGCGAUUGAACCCUGGUUAUGAAAGAGCUCAUCAAAGAUUAGCAUCUCUUUAUCUCAGAUUAGGACAGGUCGAACAUGCGUAUCACCACCUUUCUCAUGGUCAACAGAAUGAUGCGACUGAGUUGCAAAAAUUGCAAACAUUGGAAAAACAUAUCAAUAGAUGCUCAGAUGCCCGAAAGAUUGGUGAUUGGAAAGGAGCACUUAGGGAAUGUGAAGCAGCCAUGUUAACUGGAGCUGUGUCGUCUCCUCAAAUAAUUGCUUGCAAGGCAGAGGCGUUUUUGAAGCUCCAUCAACUUGAAGAUGCAGAUUCUAUGCUUUCUGAGUUACCGAAACUAGAACCUUUCCCGGCCACAUGUUCCAAAGUCAAGUUUGUUGGAAUGUUCUCUGAAGUGUACGUGCUUUACGUUCGAGCUCACGUUGACAUGGCAUUUGGAAGGUUUGAAACGGCAGCUGCAUUUGCAGAGAAGGCUAGCUUGAUCGAUACUGGGAACAUGGAAGUCUCUAUGUUACUAAAAAAUGUGAAGUUGAUAAACCGAGCUCGUGCUCAUGGCAAAGAUCUUUUUAACUCGGGCCGUUUUUCAGAGGCAUGUGCUGCGUAUGGUGAAGGGCUCAAAUACAACUUAUCAAACGCAGUCCUGUAUUGUAAUCGGGCAGUUUGUUGGUCGAAGCUUGGUUUGUGGGAGAAAUCCAUUGAAGAUUGUAAUCUCGCCCUUAACAUCCAGCCAAAUUACAUAAAGGCCCUUCUAAGAAGAGCCGUCUCAAAUGCAAAGCUUGAACGAUGGGGUGAAGCUGUGAGAGACUAUGAAAUCUUGAAGAAAGAACUUCCUGGAGAUAAUGAGGUGGCGGAAUCACUAUUACGUGCUCAAGAUGCAUUAAGAUUGACCCGAGGGGAACCUUCUGGCGUUGAUCGUAUUAGAGCUUCGACAUAUUUAUGGGAGCCUCAACCUACCAAGAGUCGGAAACCGUAAGCCUCUCAUACUCGGCAUUUAACAUGGACUAGCCCGCUUGGCGGUUCUUGCAGUCGACCCCAUGGCGGCAUGGUGAUAUUCUAUUGUUGGCUACCAAUGUUCUCAAGCACAAGUGCAGCAGUACAGUUUGAUGAACAGGUGCCUGCCUUCUUUCAAGUUUCAAGUACACCCCUGCUAGACCUUCCCUUGAUUUUGGGAAGGGGUAAAAAGGAGAUUUUACUUGAAAUAAAUUCAUAUAUAAUAAGUUAUUAU